CCACACACAGAAGCACACACUAAACACUGAGUCAAACUGUUUUGUCUUUGUGUUUUUCUUUGUUUUAGGUUGGCAGGUCUCAGAUCUUCUUGGUUAGUCCUGACACUAAGAAAGUUGCCAUAGAGAAGAGUUUCAGAGAAAUCUCCUUCUGCUCACAGGGUAUUCGUCACGUGGAUCACUUUGGCUUCAUUUGCAGGGAGACAGUGGAAGGAGGGAGCUGCCACUUUGUUUGCUAUGUCUUCCAGUGCACUGACGAAUCACUGGUGGAUGAGAUCAUGCUGACUUUGAAGCAGGCAUUCUCUGUGGCUGCCCUGCAGCAGAAUGCAAAGACCCAGAGUCAGCAGUGUGACAGCUGCCCCAUGCAGCAGCUCCACAGACUGUGUGAGAGGAUAGAAGGUCUACAUCCAUCUAAAACUAAGCUGGAGCUUCAGAGACACUUGGCCACUCUGGACAACCAGGAGCAAGCUUCAGUCUUUGAAAACACUAUGAGGGCUCGUCCUAAGAGCGAUCAGGAAGAGAAUGAGUUAGUGAUGGCCUCUUUGAGGAAUCUGUAUGAGGAGAGACAGCGGAGUCAUCAGCACACACUGUCUGGAGACAGCAAACAGGCGUGUGAGGAGGCAGCUUCAGCCCCAGUGGAGGCGCAGCAGCAGAGUAGUAGUCGGCAGCGGCUUGAGCAAUUCAAGAGCCGAGCCAAGCGCUCUCUCACUGAGUCCCUGGAGGGAAUCUGGAAGGGGAGCAGCAAGGCCAGAGCUCAGAGGGACAACAGUGUAGGAAGUGACAGCGGCUCUUCAGUUUGUACAGUGAACAGCAGCCAGGACCAGCCUUGCUUGGAUGACCCCUUGCCUGCCUCCGCCCACCUGCGACCCACCAGCCCCCUCAGGUAAACACACC